AUGCCACGCACCGUCACAGAGACCAUCACAGUCACCCGCUUCGGCAUCGAAGGACCCCCCACCCCAACGCCCGCCACCAAUCCCUCAUCAGCCCCCUUCACACCCUUCGAAGGCUUCGGCCAUGCCCUCACCCACGUCGGCCUUCCGGCAAUCGGAUCGACAAUAAUGUUCCUAACCACCACCAUCGCCGUCUUCCUCGCCACGGCCGCCGUCACAUUCCUGAUCCUUCAGAUCCGACCACCUUUGACGAAACUUUACUCGGGAAGAUCCCCGACCGUCUCCGCGGCGGAGGAUAAGAAGACGGCGCUUUCGGCGGCGAGGAGUGUGACGUUUUGUCAUGUUGUUACGGUUUUGGCGCUGGUGUUGAGGAUGAGGGAGGCGUUGGCGAUGUUGGCGCCGAUGGCGUAUGAGGUUUGUGCGUUGAUUUUGGCGAUUGAGGUGGGGUGUGUUGUGGUGCUUGGGGGCGUUUGGGGGAUUGUUAAGGUGGUGGAGUUGGGGGGGACGGCGGCGAAGGGAGAGAAGGCGACGUGA